CAGCCACUCAGGCAGCGGGUGUAUAUAAGGUCACUAUGUGCACCACCAACACAUUACAGCUGAACUACCCUGUGUCGUACACGGUUUAAGUGGAAGAUGAAUAAGCUGCUGUGGAUUUUGGUGGUAGUGGGUGCCAGCAGUGUGUUAAUAAUGGUGGCAGCAGAUGGCACCACUGACAAUGCUAGUUUUCCUGAGCUCUUAUGGGCAGGACUUGGCUUCCAAAACCGAAACUGUCGUGAACUGCAAGAGCAUGGUCACAAGACAAGUGGAAUAUACACCAUCUAUCCACAUGACUGCUGCCCCAAACGUCCUGUCCGUGUCUACUGUGAUAUGGACACUAAUGGAGGAGGAUGGACUGUUAUUCAGCGUCGCGAAGAUAUUCUGCCAAAGGAAGACUUUUAUCGCACCUGGAUGGAGUAUGCUUUAGGCUUUGGUAAUCUCUCCGGCGAGUUCUGGCUUGGCCUUGAACAUAUCCAUGCCCUCACUGAUCAAACUCUCAACCAGAUACGAUUUGAAUUAACGGAUUUCGACAACAGCACCCGGUGGGCGCAGUACCAGUUCUUUUAUGUCCAUGACAGGAGCUCCUUAUUCAAGGUAGAAGUUAAUGGUUACACUGGAGAUGCUGGUGAUGGCUUCAGUAGCGUCAACGGUCUGAAGUUCUCCGCGAAGAAUUACGAUCUAGACACUUAUUCAGAUAACUGUGCUGUAAGUUUUCAUGGUGCGUGGUGGUAUGGAAAAUGCCAUUCAUCCAACCUGAAUGGUAAGUACCAUAAUGGUGCACAUGAAUCUUAUGCUGAUGGUGUCAACUGGAAACUUUUCCGUGGUAAUCACUACUCCCUCAAGAGGACAGAGAUGAAGAUCAGACCAGCGUACUGGUUUAAGUGGAAGAUGAAUAAGCUGCUGUGGAUGUUGGUGGUAGUGGGUGCCAGCAGUGUGUUAAUAAUGGUGGCAGCAGAUGGCACCACUGACAAUGCUAGUUUUCCUGAGCUCUUAUGGGCAGGACUUGGCUUCCAAAACCGAAACUGUCGUGAACUGCAAGAGCAUGGCCACAAGACAAGUGGAAUAUACACCAUCUAUCCACAUGACUGCUGCCCCAAACGUCCUGUCCGUGUCUACUGUGAUAUGGACACUAAUGGAGGAGGAUGGACUGUUAUCCAGCGUCGAGAAGAUAUUCUGCCAAAGGAAGACUUUUAUCGCACCUGGAUGGAGUAUGCUUUAGGCUUUGGCAAUCUCUCCGGAGAGUUCUGGCUUGGCCUUGAACAUAUCCAUGCCCUCACUGAUCAAACUCUCUACCAAAUACGAUUUGAAUUAACGGAUUUCGACAACAGCACCCGGUGGGCGCAGUACCAGUUCUUUUAUGUCCAUGACAGGAGCUCCUUAUUCAUGGUAGAAGUUAAUGGUUACACUGGAGAUGCUGGUGAUGGCUUCAGUAGCGUCAACGGUCUGAAGUUCUCCGCGAAGAAUUACGAUCUAGACACUUAUUCAGAUAACUGUGCUGUAAGUUUUCAUGGUGCUUGGUGGUAUGGAAAAUGCCAUUCAUCCAACCUGAAUGGUAAGUACCAUAAUGGUGCACAUGAAUCUUAUGCUGAUGGUGUCAACUGGCAACCUUUCCGUGGUUAUCACUACUCUCUCAAGAGGACAGAGAUGAAGAUCAGACCAGCGUACUGAAUCCUAACUCACUACACCAUACCCGAGGUUAUUACUGAGACCUAACUCAGUACAGUAAACCCCGGCUUAAUACUGACACCUAACUCACUACACCAAACCCCUAGUUAUUACUGAGACCUAACUCACAAGAGCAAACCCCGGGUUAUUACAGAGAUAUAACUCACUACAGUAAAACCCGGCUUAUUACAAACACCUAACUCACUACACCAAACCGCAGGUUAUUACUGAGACCUAACUCACUACAGUAAACCCCCCGGGUUAUUAAUGACACCUAACUCACUACACCAAACCCCAGGUUAUUACUGAGACCUAACUCACUACAGUAAACCCCGGCUUAUUACUGACACAUAACUCACUACACCAAACCCCUAGUUAUUACUGAGACCUAACUCACAACAGCAAACCCUGGGUUAUUACCGAGAUAUAACUCACUACAGUAAACCCCAGCUUAUUACUGACACCUAACUCACUACACCAAACCCCAGGUUAUUACUGAGACCUAACUCAGUACAGCAAACCCCGGGUUAUUAGUGAGACGUAACUCAUUACAGCAAACCCCGGGUUAUUACUGAGAUCUAACUCACUACAGCAACCCCCGGGUUAUUACUGAGACUUAAAUCACUACAGCAAACUCUGGGUUAUUACUGAGACCUAACUCACUACAGCAAACCCCGAGUUUUUACUGAGACCUAACUUACUACAGCAAACCCCAGGUUAUUACUGAGACCUAACCUACUACAGCAAACCCCAGGUUAUUACUGAGACUUAACUCACUACAGCAAACCCCAGGUUAUUACUGAGACUUAACUCAUUACAGCAACCCCCGGGUUAUUACUGAGACUUAAAUCACUACAGCAAACUCUGGGUUAUUACUGAGAUCUAACUCACUACAGCAACCUCCGGGUUAUUACUGAGACUUAACUCACUACAGCAAACCCCGGGUUAUUACUGAGACUUAACUCACUACAGCAAACCCUAGGUUAUUAUUGAGACCUAACUCUCUACAGGAAGCCCCAGGUUAUUACUGAGACUUAACUCACUACAGCAAACCCCGGGUUAUUACUGAGACUUAACUCACUACAGCAACCCCCGGGUUAUUACUGAGACAAAUCACUACAGCAAACUCUGGGUUAUUACUGAGAUCUAACUCACUACAGCAACCCCUGGGUUAUUACUGAGACUUAACUCACUACAGCAAACUCUGGGUUAUUACUGAGACUUAACUCACUACAGCAAGCCCUAGGUUAUUAUUGAGACCUAACUCUCUACAGGAAGCCCCAGGUUAUUACUGAGACCUAACCUACUACAGCAAACCCCAGGAUAUUAUUGAGACCUAACUUAUUACAGCAAACCCCGGGUUAUUAUUGAGACCUAACUUACUACAGCAAACCCCGGGUUAUUACUGAGACUUAACUCACUACCGCAAACUCUGGGUUAUUAUUGAGACCUAACUUACUACAGCAAACCCCGGGUUAUUACUGAGACUUAACUCACUACAGCAAACUCUGGGUUAUUAUUGAGACCUAACUUACUACAGUAAACCCCAGGUUAUUAUUGAGACUUAACCUACUACAGUAAACCCUGGGUUAUUAUACACAUUACAUAAAGUUAAUUCUUACUGGAAAUUGUUCUAUGAGUAAUAUUUGAAACAAUGUUACCUGUAGAAUUAUUUUUAUAAUUCCCGGUUUACAAUAUAGAAAAUAGUCUAGAAAUAAAAAGUUGUUAUUUGUUAAAAAGCAGCAAGUGUGGAUGAACGUGUGCAAAAUACACCCCGAGCGGAGCACAAAUUUUUUUAGUCUGCUAAUUAAGUCAAUGCAAUCGUUCUUCCAUCUAUUUAUCUGCAAAAUAAUAAUAAUAAUAAUAAUAAUAAUAAUAAUAAUAAUAAUAAUAAUAAUAAUAAUAAUAAUAAUAAUAAUAAUAAUAAUAAUAAUAAUAAUAACAAUAAUAUCCUUAUUUUACUACAAGUACAUGUACAGGGUAUACAGUCCCAGCUGACUACAAUGACACACUACUAUAUAGAAAGUCCCUUGGAAAUAUAAACACAAAUGCAGUAUAAUGUGAUUCUUCAUUGACAACGUUUCACCCACACAGUGGGCUUUCUCAAGUCACACACGGAUCCGUGUGUGACUUGAGAAAGCCCACUGUGUGGGUGAAACGUUGUCAAUAAAGGAUCACAUUAUACUGCAUUUGUGUUUAUAUUUCCAUUGUGUCGAUAUUUUAUACUAUUUAUUACCAGAAAGUCCCUUGUUAUGCUCCGGAGGCAUUUCGGGCAAAUUAGGUCAGUGUCCCAGGAUGCGACCCACACCAGUCGACUAACACCCAGGUACCCAUUUUACUGAUGGGGAACAUAGACAACAGGUGGAAAGAAACACGUCCAAUGUUUCUACUCUGGCUGGGAAUCGAACCCAGGCUCUCGCCGUGUGAACCGAGAGCGUUAACCACCAGGCCACCAGAGUGAUCUAAAGAGAAGAAAAAUCUACAUGAGAGAUAUCCACUGUAUGAGAUAACUUAUGGGAAAUUAAUGGGAAAGUAUAUGAAAUGUUUAUACCCUGCCCUGUAAGAUGUUACUUAUAGAUGGUUCGGUCUCAAGUGUAACCUUCACUGUCUUGAUCUGGACACUUCCUCACACCGCUGAUGGACUGAUAAUUAUUAUUAGAACUGUAAAUACUCUGGUGUGUUAAUAACACUAAGCAAACAUGAAUUAGUAAUUGAAGGACCAUGAAGGAUAAUUCCAAUGGUGCUCACUGUAGACAUUUAAAGUUCUAUUAUACAUUUAAUAUAGAAUAACAACAUUGCCAAAUUAAAGGUUAAAAGAUUUACUGAAUUAAAACAGAUUUACUGAACAUAAACUUUACCGGACUUACCUGAUAUACAGGCGAUGUUUUGCCUAGACAAAAAAAAAAAAAAAAAAAAAAACUCCCAGGUUUCCCAUCCAUUAUCCCAGCGAGGCAUUGCAGCUUCGAAUAAAAUAUAACGAAAAUGAGUUUAGUAAUUUCCUGGGAGAAUGAAAUCCACUUUCUGGAGUUUUAGCUAGUGAAGCCUCAUUGUUGCUUGUGCUAGUAUAAACUGUGAUACUCAGCUUGACCUCGAGUUGUAAUAUUAAACAGUGCGGGAAGUUUAAAAUCCCUAUGAAGGAUGAGAAUAGGUACACUACUUAAAAAUGUCUUUAUGCUGGCAAGCUUUGCUACCUGGAGAGGGGACUCUGCUGUGUCCAAAUCUUCACUCAAGCCUAUGAAUAAUUCCAACAGUUUUAGCUCCCAGUAACCUAUAUAUUUUCAUUUAAGAAACUAUGAUUAAGUCAAAGAAAACAUAUCUGCUAUUUAAUUAUGUUAGUCGUAGGAGAACAAUGUGAAAUAAAUUGAUAAUAGAGCUAAAUGGAAGGAUUCAGACAAGGUUUGCAUCACCUGCGUAUUAUCAAAAUAUUUUCUACAACACAUUAGUGCCUUUCAGUUAAUAAUGUAAAUAUGGUUUUUUAACAAAUAAAAAUAAUUAAUUGUCUUAUAUAUUAAAAAUGCUUCUUUUUAUUAAAAAAA